CUCGAAUAGAGAUUUAUGUGAGAGAUUCCAACAUUCGGGACAAACUAUCAGCAAGUACUUUGCUAAAGUGUUGCAAGCAGUUCUGAAUUUGGCAAGAGAAAUUAUCGUACCACCUUCAUUUGAUGUUGUCCCAGAAGAAAUUCUUAUCAAUCCUAAAUAUAAUCCUUACUUCAAGGUAGGAUUUGCAUACAUUCCCUUACACCGUCAUUUACAUUUUAUUGAUAAUCUUGUAUAAUGCUAGUCUUUGCUGAAAUGACAGGGCUGCAUAGGCGCUAUUGAUGGCACUCACAUUCAUGCUUCUGUACCAGUGUCGAAACAGAUCCCAUUUAGAGGCAGGAAAGGAAUUACCACUCAAAAUGUGAUGUGUGUUUGUUCAUUUGAUAUGAAAUUUACAUUUGUGUAUGCUGGUUGGGAAGGCUCUGCCAACGAUUGUCGGGUGCUCUCGGCAGCACUCGAGACACAUCGCUUACAAUUUCCUCGACCUCCACCAGGCAAAUACUACGUGGUAGAUUCUGGUUAUGCUGCAGCUCCGGGAUUUUUGACUCCUUUCAAAGGGGAACGGUAUCAUAUUAAUGAUUUUAGGGGUAGAGUGAGGCAGGCAACAACAGCAAGAGAAUUAUUCAACCAUAGGCAUUCUUCACUAAGGAAUGUUAUUGAGAGAUCAUUUGCGGUGUUAAAGAAUCGCUUUUUCAUUUUGAGACACAUGCCUUCAUUUUCAAUUCAAAAGCAGUCAUGUAUUGUAAUUGCAUGUUGUGCUAUUCAUAAUUACAUCCGUGAUCAAGACAAGAUGGAUAAGAACUUUUCUCAAUAUGGUGAUUCAGAGUAUCCGUUUGGAAAUGCACAAGAUGAGGUUAUUGACGAUACAUCGACUGAGGAGGAUAUCGAGAUCAACAUGCUUAAGAAAAGAAUUGCCAAUCAAUUGGCAAUUGAUAAUAAUAUGGCGGAGAUUCCAUGA